ACUAAAUCGAGAAAGGAGAAACUUAUUUUUGCGGUCUAACAGCAUAUGAAACUCUAUCCAAUGAACUGCGGAGUCGCAUCCUUAACGGACAGUUUUUAACGGACUUCAAUUUUGUGAUAAUAUUUCUACUGGAGCUAGAGUUGUUUAACUUGGUUAAUUAUUAACAAGCAAAAAUAUGCAAAACUACGCGGAGGCAAUUAAGGAUUUUGUGGAGAAACAUGCGACCGGGCUCACGGUUGCUGUUGUUGCAGGAGCAGGCGUACUGGCCUUGCGCAGAUGGCUGGCUGGGGGAGUGUGUCGGAGCAAGGUCAGGCUGGAUGGAAAAACAGUCCUGAUCACUGGAGCCAACACUGGCAUUGGGAAGGAGACGGCCAUGGAUAUGGCCAAGCGAGGAGCCAGAGUGAUCCUAGCCUGCAGAGACAUGACCAGGGCCCGCAUUGCAGCUGACGAGAUCCGGCAGCAGAGUGGGAACGGCAACGUGGUGGUAAAGAAACUGGACCUGUCCUCGCUGCAGUCUGUCAGGGACCUGGCCAAAGAUGUUCAGGAGAGUGAGACACGUUUGGACAUCCUCAUCAACAACGCAGGAAUCAUGAUGUGUCCUAAGUGGAAGACUGAGGAUGGCUUUGAGAUGCAGUUUGGUGUCAACCACCUGGGACAUUUUCUCCUCACCAACUGUCUUCUGGACCUGCUGAAGAAGUCAACUCCAAGUCGCGUUGUCAUCGUCUCCAGCCUUGCACACGAGAAAGGCCGUAUGGAGUUUGAUGACAUAAACUUGGAUAAAGACUACCAUCGUAUGAAGAGCUACCGGCAAAGCAAACUGGCCAAUGUGCUCUUCUGCAGAGAACUGGCUUCAAGACUAAAAGAUACUGGUGUGACAGUGUACAGUCUUCACCCUGGGGUCAUCUGCACUGAGUUAGGCCGCCACAUGUUCCCUACUUUGGCUCUGUGGCAGAAGAUCUUACUCAGGCCGAUCACGCUUUUCAUGAAAACUCCCAGGGAAGGAGCUCAGACCACCAUCUACUGCGCUGUGGACGAGAGCCAGGCUGACGUCAGUGGCCUCUACUACAGUGACUGUGCUCCAAAAUCACCAGCACCAAACGCCCUGGAUGAUGAAGCAGCCAAGAAACUGUGGGACAUCAGUGCUUCCAUGGUUGGCCUGGCCUAAACACGACAACCUCCCCUGCUUUCAUCAGCUGCUCCUCCUGCUGGAGCCGGCUGCCUUGAUAAUCAAUCAUGAAACAAUCACGCCAAAUGAGUUAAUUAUCUAUGGUGCAUCUGUAAGGGCAUUGCAUCAAAAAUGAACUAUUUUGAGAUCUUUUAGACCUGAAAUAAGUACAAAAGUUUGCACUACUGUAAUCUAAUUUGAUUGAUUAUUAUACUUGUGUGUAUUGCUUUAUAUUAUGCAGAUUCUGCAUUAUUAUUCAUGCUUUAUAAUAUAUCCGUAAUAUGCUGCUAUAUUUUUAUCAGAAUGAGGCAAUACUAGCUUUUUAUUGACCGUUUUGGUUGAUUAUAUUUCGCACUACAUUUUUACAUUUACUUUGUUUUUUAUUUGGAAUAAGAACAUGUUUAUGGACAGACAGGCUCCAAUAUGAUUUGUUCUGAGAAUUCCAAGACACUUCAAGACUUCAAACUGUGGCUUUUAUUCAUG